AUGAAUAAUAGUAUGAAUACUACAAUGUCAACAAAUGGUAACAGUCCCAUUUAUGAUUCCGGUGACAAUGCUUGGAUGUUAACAGCAACAACUUUAGUACUAUUAAUGACACCUGCAUUGGCUUUUUUCUAUGGUGGCAUGGUCGAUCGAAAGAAUGUUUUAAAUCAAUUAUUCUUAUCGUUUAUUUGCAUGGGCAUUGUUAUUGUACAAUGGGUUCUCUUUGGCUUUUCAUUUGCAUUUGGUCCACCUGUAAGCGAAGGUUUCGGUUCAUUUGAUUGGGCAGUAUUACGUUUUGGUGAAAUUCAAAAUUCAUACUAUAGUCCGACGUAUCCUCUAUUAACAUUUUGUAUGUAUCAAGCUACAUUUGCAGUUAUUACACCAGCCCUCAUUUCUGGUGCUAUAGUUGGUCGAAUGAAAAUGAUUCCGUAUAUGAUAUUCGUAUUGAUUUGGUCAACGGUAUGCUAUGAUCCGAUGGCACAUUGGGUUUGGGGCAGUAAUGGAUGGUUGAAAACAUUGGGCGCGCUUGACUUUGCUGGUGGAACGGUUGUUCAUAUUUUUUCAGGCGUUUCAGGUCUUGUCGCAUCGACUAUACUAGGAAAACGACAUGACUAUGAUCCGCGAAGUACCACUGCUCAUAAUCUACCGUUUACAAUUUUAGGAACAUGUCUAUUAUGGGUGGGUUGGAAUGGAUUUAAUGCUGGUUCUGCUAAUGCUGCUAGCGGUAUUGCAGCUCUUGCACUGGUAAAUACAAAUGUGGCUGCUGCUUCUGCAUUGGUAACAUGGGUAGUAAUUGAUGCUGCACGUGGUCAUAUAGCAGUUUCAGGUGCUUGUACAGGUUCUAUUGUUGGUCUUGUAGCUAUUACACCAGCAUGUGGUUUUGUUCAACCUGGUUGGGGAUUACUCAUAGGUAUUAUCGGAGCCAUCAUUGUCUAUUGUCUUCUGUUGCUUAAGCGAUAUAUGCGAUUUGAUGAUACAUUAGAUGUGGCUGUUGUUCACGGUUGCGGUGGUAUAUCUGGUGCUUUCAUGACAGGACUAUUUGCUCAAAAAAUGGUGAAUCCCGGUGGUGCUGAUGGAGCUUUUUAUGGGCAUCCUGCUCAACUUUGGUAUCAAAUUGCAGCCAUUCUUACUGCAGUUGAUAAAUACCAAAACUGA